GAGACCAGCAGAACCAUGCUGUGUUCCUGACCAAGCUUCUCCUCCAGCUGGUGAAGUACCAAGAUCGCAGAAAUGAGUGAGGGCACAGUGACAUACUCAGAGCUGAAGCUGCGUCAUGCAGAGAGAGCGAAGUCAGACAGAAGACAUCCCACCAGCAAAGAGAGAGCAAUUACAUGUACAGUCAUUCUGGGAACAAUAUGCUUUUUGCUCCUGCUGGCAGUGGCCAUUUUAGGACAUAUGUAUUUUCAGAAGGCCUGUGACAUCACAACACAAGAGGUGCAAAACACACAAGAAAACAGUACUUCCUCACCGGGAUCUGAAGGUGAUUCUGCCGUGCCAGCUGAUACAGGCAUAGUCUCUGGCUCCCUGGUGACACAAGACCAUUGCUUCAGAAGAAAUUGUUACUAUUUUUCAAAAGAAGAACUAACAUGGGAUCAGAGUGAGAAGUCAUGCCAGAACAUGAACUCCAGCCUUGUAAAGAUUGAUGACAAGGAGGAGCAGACUUUCAUUCAAUCAAAAAUCAAUUACACUUAUUGGAUUGGAUUGUACAGAAUCGAAGCUGAGCAUAAGUGGAAGUGGCAGGAUGGUACAGAGCUUACAGAGAAGCUGACUUUUUAUCACACAAUUAAAAUGGAUAGAAAAUGUGGAUUCAUCAAUUCACGGUUUAUUUUUGUUGCUGACUGUACAAUAAAACAUUGUUAUAUUUGUGAAAAGAACAAGCACUUCUUCAACAAUUAG